AGUCAAUUAGGAAGGGGGGUAUUUAGUGUGCAUUCUCCUACUGCAGGUGCACUGUAUUGCUGCGUGCUAGAGGUGAGGCGGUUUUGUUGACUCUGUUGGUUCUAGGUCUGCUAAUGCAGUAUCGGUGUGUGGUGGUGCUUGGGGAUCUUCUCCACUAGAUCUCAUUAGAUUCUCCACUACGAGGUGGUUUAGUUAGUGGUUAAUGAGUGAUUAGUUAGCAGUACAUCCACACUACGAGGUGGUUUUGUUAGCUAUUAAUUGUUAGAAAUUGCCAGGGCAGGUUUAAUGGUGAGGGCGGAGACAGAUAGAUGGACACAAGACGGACACACAGAUACAACAGAUACACACAAUAUUCACACACAAAGAAAGUCUUGAUUGCCAGGGUGACCACACAGCCAAACUAGUGGUACCUGGCUCUAAUACUUGUACGAGGUACUAACUCCAUGUACCUUACCUUCGUCUGAGCAACCAAAACAGCACGAGCACGGCCCAAGCAACCAAGCAGCCUUCCCGAACCCUUUGAAACUCCUCAAAAGCCACCCCAGGGCAGCUCCAUAUAUUACCUGCAGGCUCGUUCUUUACCUUCAACCUUCUUCAUACAUAAACACAAAAUACCCCCGCUGCCUCCUCACUUUACAAUCAACUUUUACACACUUCCACCGUCACGUCUUCCUCUUCAGCUAUCUACUAAUUCCUCUUUGUUCGGCGUACAGGCUUAAGGGCCCCCAGUUACAGUACAAUGUGUGGAAUUUUCGGAUACGUCAACUACCUGGUGGAGAGAGACAGGAAAUACAUCCUCGACACUCUCGUCAAUGGCCUCGCCCGCCUCGAAUACCGUGGCUAUGAUUCCGCCGGUCUCGCUGUCGACGGAGACAAGAAGAAUGAGGUGUUUGCUUACAAGGAGGUCGGCAAGGUGGUCAAGCUCAAGGAGCUGAUUGAGGAGUCCAAGCCCGAUCUGACCAAGGUCUUCGAUUCGCACGCUGGUAUCGCACACACCCGCUGGGCUACCCACGGCACCCCUUCCCGCCUCAACUGCCACCCCCACAGGUCCGACCCAGCAUGGGAGUUCUCCGUGGUGCACAAUGGCAUCAUCACAAACUACAAGGAGCUGCGCACGCUGCUGGAGAGCAAGGGCUUCAAGUUCGAGACGGAGACGGACACCGAGGUCAUCCCCAAGCUUGCCAAGUACCUGUUUGAGACGAACCCGUCGAUCGGCUUCACCGAUCUCGCCAAGGCGGUCAUCAAGGAGCUGCAGGGCGCGUUUGGUCUGCUGAUGAAGUCGAUUCACUACCCCCACGAGGUCAUCGCCGCGAGGAAGGGUUCCCCAUUGGUCAUUGGUGUCCGCACCGACAAGCCGAUGAAGGUGGAUUUCGUUGACGUGGAGUACGCCGAGGACACCCCUCUGCCAGCGGAGCAGGCAUCGCAGAACGCGGCCCUCAAGAAGUCGAGCGUUGGAAACUUCCUGAGCGCCGGAACCGCCGCCGACAAGUCGCUGCUCCGCAGAUCGCAGUCCAGGGCCUUCAUGACUGAUGACGGCGUGCCACUGCCAACCGAGUUCUACCUCUCCUCCGACCCCUCGGCCAUCAUCGAGCACACCAAGAAGGUCAUGUACCUCGAGGACGACGACAUCGCGCACAUCCACGAGGGCUCGCUCAACAUCCACCGCCUCACCAAGUCCGACGGCUCCCCCAACGUCCGCACCAUCCAAACCCUCGAGCUCGAGCUCCAGGAGAUCAUGAAGGGCAAAUUCGACCACUUCAUGCAGAAGGAGAUCUUCGAGCAGCCCGAGUCCGUCAUCAACACCAUGCGCGGCCGCCUCGACAUCGAGAACAAGAAGGUCACCCUCGGCGGUCUCCGCUCCUACAUCGAGACCAUCCGCCGCUGCCGCCGCGUCAUCUUCAUCGCCUGCGGCACCUCCUACCACUCCUGCAUGGCCGUCCGCGGCAUCUUCGAGGAGCUCACCGAGAUCCCCAUCACCGUCGAACUCGCCUCCGACUUCCUCGACCGCCAGCCCCCCGUCUUCCGCGACGACACUUGCAUCUUCGCCUCCCAGUCCGGCGAGACAGCCGACUCCCUCAUGGCCCUGCGCUACUGUCUCGAGCGCGGCGCCCUCACCGUGGGUGUCGUAAACGUCGUCGGAUCCUCCAUCUCCCUCCUCACCCACUGCGGUGUCCACGUCAACGCCGGCCCGGAAAUCGGCGUCGCCUCCACAAAGGCAUACACCUCCCAGUUUAUCGCCAUGGUCAUGGUGGCGCUCUCUCUCUCCGAGGACCGCGCUUCCAAGGCUGCGCGCCGCGAGGAGAUCAUGGUCGGUCUCGGGGGGAUUAGUGCGCAUAUCAAGGAGAUCCUCAAGCUGGAUCAGCCGAUCAAGGAGUUGUGCGCGCGUACGUUCCAGGGACAGAAUUCUCUGUUGUUGUUGGGACGCGGAAGCCAGUUCUCGACUGCCCUUGAGGGUGCGCUGAAGAUCAAGGAGAUUAGUUAUCUGCAUUGCGAGGCGGUCAUGUCGGGAGAGCUGAAGCAUGGGGUGUUGGCGCUUGUGGAUGAGAAUUUGCCGAUUAUUAUGAUUUUGACGAGGGAUAAUAUCUUUGCGAAGUCGUUGAAUGCUUAUCAGCAGAUCAUCGCCCGCGCAGGAAAGCCAAUCAUCAUCUGCAACCCCAACGACUCCGAGUUCCACGAGGACAAGUGCGAGAAGAUCGAGAUCCCCAAGACGGUCGACUGCCUGCAGGGUUUGUUGAAUGUCAUCCCGCUCCAGCUCAUGGCGUACUGGCUUGCUGUUGCCGAGGGACUGAACGUGGAUAUGCCGAGGAAUUUGGCCAAGAGUGUUACUGUUGAGUAGAUCUGCUGUCUUGCUCUAGAUUUGAGGAGAGGUGGUGGUGUUUUUUGCGCGUUUAAGGAAGGAUAUGUAGGCACUGGCCGGGCAACGUUUUUUUGUGCAGUCUUUUUUUAUGGAAAACUUGGGGUUCGCGUUGGGCGGCGACAAGGGUGGGGGGUUGUUAAUUUUGCUUGACUUCUCCGUGGGUUUGUUUGUGUGUCGAUGGUGGUGGGGAGGGGGAGAGAGGGGAGGGAGAGGAGGUAGAUAGGAUGGAGAUGGAGUGAAUGAAUUGAUGUUUUACGG